AUGUCCACAGUUCCAUUCCUGCCUUACCCCCUGCACGGCAGGAACGCACAGCAGCCCGGCAGGGGGCACCGGCUCGCUCACCCCGCCGCUCCCGAGCCAGCCGCGCCCGCACCCCCGCACGGGCGGACACGCUUGCGGCGUUUUCGGCCGGAAUCUCCGCUGCGAGCCGAGCGCAGGGCGGCUGAAGCUGCCCGCCCGCCGUGCGGAGCAGCGCGGCGCUGCGGCCGGAGCCGGGCCCGGCGCUGGCGGGAGCGCGCUCCCUCCCCGCGCCUGCGACACCGCCGCGCCGCCAGCGCCACCGCGCGGCCGCGCCCCGCACUGCGCGCGGGACAGGCGGCACGGGGCAGCAUCCAUCCCCAGCGGCACGGGCCAGCAUCCAUCCCCAGCGGCACGGGGCAUCCCCAGCGGCACGGGGCAGCAUCCAUCCCCAGCGGCACGGGCCAGCAUCCAUCCCCAGCGGCACGGGGCAUCCCCAGCGGCACGGGGCAGCAUCCAUCCCCAGCGGCACGGGCCAGCAUCCAUCCCCAGCGGCACGGGGCAUCCCCAGCGGCACGGGCCAUCAGCAUCCCCAGCGGCACGGCAAAGGCAGCGCAGCGUCCCCAGCAUCGGCACCGAGCGGGCAUGGCCCUGCUCCCGCCGCCUCACCCGCCCCCGGCCAGCCCACAGGCCCACGGAGCCUGCAACAGCGCACACCUGCACCCCCGCGGCAGCUAA